AUGCAUAUAAUUUCGCAAGUGGACGCUCAAAUAAUCGCGGAGAUUCGAAGAUGCUUGAAAGACACUACCGACCGAGGCCUGAUCGUUGCUUCCAAAUGGUGUGCAGGCUUCAGGCUAUCCGAACUUUUACUCUCGAUUCCUGCAUUCAAGCGGAAUACAGGCUCGGCUGCAGAUAUGAGCUCUGUUUCCAUGAACAUCUCAGAAGAACUUGAUGAUCAACCAAACUGGCGUAACAGGGAGGAGCUGGACGCAGAAGAACAGGAUGCAGAUGUCUUGGACGUAGCUCGAAAAUGCAUGGAAGCGCGUCAGUAUCAUCGGGCCAUGUACUUUUUGCAGGGUCAUACGAGUGCAAAGGCGCGGUUCAUUUCUGUGUAUUGUCGCUUCAUUACAAGUGAGAAAAAAGCUUUGCAUGACUGGCACAAAACAGAUAACACGCGGCAUCAACCACCUCUCCCUGUAAACACAGAAAUUAACGAUCUACUGGACUCCGUAAAGAACUCCACUGAUCCUUGGCUUCAAUUCCUCGAAGCGCUAUUCCUUUAUCGUUUGUCGCGAAUACCGGAGGCUCUCGACCUCCUCUAUCAUGCAAUUUCAAUAAAUCCCUGGAAUUGGGCUGCAUGGACAUUACUCGGGCAAUGUCUUGACUCUUCAAAAGCAUUGACUGAUGCGCUCACCAACAUCGACCUCCCACUGGAUCAUCCAUUACCACAGAUGUUCCAAAUCAAAAUCAUGAACGAACUACAUACCGCUACAGACGUAGAGCUGCAACUUUGCGACAGGCUUCUCGGUACAGAUUAUUUUCCUGACAAUUUGUGGUUGAUGGGACAGCGAGGAAGAGCGCUGUAUGACACCCUUGAGCUUACCAAAGCCGAGACUCAAUUUGAGAAGAUGUUCACACUACACCCAGAUCGGAUUGAAGACUUGGACGUUUAUUCAAAUAUCCUUCAUCUUCGUGGAAGCAGAGAAAAACUUACUGCAUUGGCAGAAAAGUUUCUGCUCAUAGACAAGAACCGCCCCGAAGUUUGCUGCAUAGUCGGGAAUCACUAUUCUCUGCGAAGCGAACGAGACAAAGCUGUAAAGUAUUUCCGACGAGCUACGCAUCUAGAUCGGACGUGUUUAACAGCUUGGAUAUUGAUGGGUCUUGAAUAUCAUGAAUUGGCCAAUUACCCAGCUGCCAUCGAAUCGUUCAGAAAAGCGAUAGAUGUCAACAAGAAAGACUCACGACCUUGGGCGGGACUUGGUGCAGCGUAUGAUGCUAUGGGAAUGCCACAGUAUGGGCUUUUCUAUUACCAACAGGCCAUGAAAUUGAGGCCAUGCGAAUCUUAUAUCUGGGAAGGUCUCGGAAGCUGCUACGAACAACUCGCAAAGUGA